AUUAGUCGGCGACAGUACCAGUCAGGUUCAUUCGUGCUACAAGUGUCAGUGUGGCUCUUUCACCUGUGAUUUUUAGUUAAAUUUCGUGGACUUAACCCAGCUCAACAGAACAUCAUGUCUGACGAAGACGUAGCCGCUCUUGUAGUUGACAAUGGCUCUGGUAUGUGCAAAGCCGGUUUCGCUGGAGACGAUGCUCCAAGAGCUGUAUUCCCUUCCAUCGUUGGGAGACCCCGUCAUCAGGGUGUGAUGGUUGGUAUGGGACAGAAAGACAGCUAUGUUGGAGACGAGGCCCAGUCCAAGAGAGGUAUCCUGACACUGAAAUACCCCAUUGAACAUGGUAUUGUCACCAACUGGGAUGACAUGGAGAAGAUCUGGCACCACACCUUCUACAAUGAGCUGAGAGUUGCCCCUGAGGAACACCCUGUUCUUCUCACUGAGGCUCCACUCAACCCCAAAGCCAACAGAGAAAAGAUGACACAGAUCAUGUUCGAAACCUUCAACACACCAGCUAUGUACGUAGCCAUUCAGGCUGUGCUCUCUCUGUAUGCCUCUGGUCGUACCACUGGUAUUGUCAUGGACUCUGGUGAUGGUGUUACCCACACUGUCCCAAUCUAUGAAGGUUACGCCUUGCCCCAUGCCAUUAUGAGAUUGGAUUUGGCCGGUCGUGAUCUCACUGAUUACUUGAUGAAGAUCCUCACAGAGAGAGGUUACAGCUUCACCACUACAGCAGAAAGAGAAAUUGUCCGUGACAUUAAAGAAAAGCUCUGCUACGUUGCUCUUGACUUUGAGCAAGAAAUGCAGACAGCUUCAACAUCAUCAUCCCUCGAAAAGAGCUACGAGCUUCCUGAUGGUCAGGUAAUUACCAUUGGUAAUGAGAGAUUCAGAUGCCCAGAGUCUGAAUUCCAGCCAUCCUUCCUCGGCAUGGAGUCUGCAGGUAUCCACGAAACCACCUACAACUCCAUCAUGAAGUGCGACGUCGAUAUCCGUAAAGACUUGUAUGCCAACACUGUAUUGUCUGGUGGUUCCACAAUGUUCCCAGGUAUUGCCGACCGUAUGCAGAAAGAGAUCACUGCCCUUGCUCCACCAACAAUGAAGAUCAAGAUCAUUGCUCCACCAGAGCGCAAAUACUCUGUAUGGAUUGGAGGCUCCAUCUUGGCCUCUCUAUCCACCUUCCAACAGAUGUGGAUCUCCAAACAAGAGUAUGAUGAAUCUGGUCCAUCUAUCGUUCAUAGAAAGUGUUUCUAAACAAGUUCAGUAGAUUAAUCAAUUUUUCCUUUAGAGUAUCACCUCCAGUAAAUUGUUCUUGUGAUAUUGUUAACCAUCUAUCACCAACCAUGCUCAAAAUGUUCCAUACAAGUCCACUGUCCUUAGUCAGGUGAAGUCAAAUACCAGCCACUACUGCAUGCUAUUACAAGAACUUUUUAAGGGAAAAUUCUUUUUCAAUUGAUCUUUGUUACUGUAUUGUUACUUAAUGUACAUAAUCUUUUUAAAAACAAAAGCAAAAUAUUUUGUAAUAUGGCAAUAAAACAUUUAAAACCUUA